AUGAUCAUUGCAAGCUCAGCCAAGAAAGAGCUUGCUAUUCCAAUGCAAGUACUGCAACAACAGCAGCCCUCGUCAACCACAGCCUCCGAUACCUGUACCACUGCCAGCAGCGACAGCACCAUCCAACUUGCCCAUGAGUAUUGUAGACAACAAGAUCACAAGGACAUUAUCCAUUUUACCAAACGUGAUUCCAACACAGCAAAUGAUUUUGUCACCAGGGUCUUUGGUCGUCUCAGCCGCAACGUAGAUGAGCUGAUGCUGAUCAACGUGCACGAGUCUUGCAGGCCAGUGCAAUGUGAGGCAUUCAUCCAUGAAAACACCGUUUUUCUCACCAGCCCUGUCAAGGAACAGUGGAAUGAUGGCGAGUUUCAAUCUUGUGUCACGCACUUGAUUGAAUUAGCCGAAGAAAAAACAGGUUGCGAAUACUUGGUGAUUGCUAUCGAUCGAAGACAUUGUACUAACAAUCACAAUGCUAUGCUUCGUGCAUUCAUGUAUCUUGGUUUCCAGAUGAUUGAUCCUUCCGUCUAUGGCCAAGAGGCUGGGUACAUUCUUGUUGGUUACGAGCUUUGA